AUGAACUCGGACCUGCACAAGUCAAACACUACACUGAUAGGGCCAGAGACGGCACUAGGCACUAGUUUCAUUGUUUCCGAAAGCGUUUCCAUUGACUGGACUGGUAAUGGCCCUGCUGCGGCCUGGAAAAUGGUGACCGACGCGGUCCACGAAGCCGGAGGCAAGAUGUUUCUCCAGACCUGGCAUGCGGGUCGUUGUGCCCACGAUGAGAUGUCCAUUGCGAAGGAGUACAAUGCUCAAGUCAUAGCUCCGUCUUCCAUCAAAGUAGACGCAGGAGAGUAUCGUGACUUACCCGGGCGGCCUGGACAUAUGGCCAAUGUCCACGCCAUCAAAGACCCGAAAACAAUCUUUGAAACAUAUCGAAAUGCUUGCAGUCUAGCCAAAAAAGCUGGGUUUGAUGGUAUUGAGUUGUUGGCUCAAGGUGGUUACCUGCCUCAACAAUUUCUCAAUUCUCGCACCAACAAGCGAACAAACAAAUACGGCGGCACAGUCGAGAAUAGGUGCUGCUUCAUCCUCGAGACAAUCGAUGCCAUUACCGAGGGUUUUGACGGCCCAGAGGCUAUCUGCGUCAAGAUCUGCCCUACCAAUUACUUGAAUGACUCUGUGGUAGACUUUGAUGAGAUGAAAGAGGUGUACACCUACUUGAUCAAUGAAAUGGUCAAACUUAUCGAUUUUGAAAAGCUUGUCAAGUUUCCUGGUAGUCCUUCCAAACUUAUGGCUAACAAUGACUACACCGUUGGCGAGGCAGACAGACUGAUAAAGGAGGGAAGAUCGAUAUGA